UCAGAAACCUCUGUGAACAGAACUCCUCCCUCCACAUCCAACACCAUGACCAACUCCUGCUGCUCCCCUUGCUGCCAGCCCACCUGCUGCAGGACCACCUGCUGCAGGACCACCUGCUGGAGACCAAGCUGUGUGACCAGCUGCUGCCAGCCCUGCUGUCAGCCCAGCUGCUGUGGCUCUAACUCCUGUGGCUCCAGCUGCUGCCAGCCCUGUUGUCAAACCACCUGCUGCAGGACCUGCUUCCAACCAAGCUGUGUGACCAGCUGCUGCCACACACCCUGCUGCCAGCCCUGCUGCUGUGUGUCCAGCUGCUGUCAGCCCUGCUGCCAGCCCAGCUGCUGUCAGUCCAGCUGCUGCCAGCCCAGGUGCUGUGAGUCCAGCUGCUGCCAGCCCAGGUGCUGUGAGUCCAGCUGCUGCCAGCCCAGGUGCUGUAUCUCCAGCUGCUGCCAGCCCUGCUGCCAGCCCAGCUGCUGUCAGUCCAGCUGCUGCAAGCCCUGCUGCCAGCCCUUCUGCCUCAACCUGUGCUGCCAGCCAGCCUGCUCUGGACCUGUGACCUGCACCCGGACUUGCUACCAGCCCACCUGUGUCUGUGUGCCUGGCUGCCUGUCCCAAGGCUGUGGGUCCAGUUGCUGUGAGCCCUGUGGCUGUUGA